AAACCUCAAGUAAUAAAAUAAUAAUAAAUAAUAAUUGUAAAUUUUAGGUAUUUUAAUCCAGUUAUUAACGCUCUACUAAGCAUUGUGUAGCUCCCUACAUAGCAUAGUCGUCACAGCUGAGUGGCAAUAAGAAUGUUUGCCAUAAUGUUCUCAACAAUCUUCGCUGCGCUCCAAACCAAACAAACAAUUUAUGUUUAUCACUUAUGUGACACUACAAGCCCACAAUUCCAGCGCGAUUUGUAAAGCAUCAGCGAACUUUUGUUUUACUUGUGGUGGCAAAGCUCUCCGAGCACCAAAACAAUCAACAACAAUCAAAAUACUCACUUUAUCAACAAGAAAUCUCAUUAUUAUUUAUACUGCGCACGCCUGAGUUUUGGAACGCCAGCCAGUCUAGGUAGCUAACGAAAUCUCAAAGAGACCUACAUAGAACCAAAGAGGAGAGCACGAAAAAUUGUUCAGAAAUUCACUCGUCUUGUGCCAUUAUACUCUGCAAAUCGUCCAGAAAGUCAAGUACACAGCCAAAGUAAGUCGCAAAGAUUAGCUAUUAGGUGCAAUUAAUAAAAGUAAUAUUCCAAUUACAUGAAUCCAAAAAAAAAAUCUAUGAAAUUAGCAAAUAUUAGUUUGAGUAAAACGUUUCAAGCGUGAAUAGUAUUUUUGUAUGUGCAAUUAUAACUUUUCGUAGCAGCAGCGCAUAAUCUGUGUUCGCUAGUAAAGUAAUCGCUUUCGCUGUGUAACAGUGUGUGAUAUUAUAGUGUUUGCUUUACCCAAAUAAUUAUUAAGUCGAUAAAAGACCAUGGGUUCAUCGUCGUCGCGCAAUGCUGCGUCCAACUUUCCCUCGCAUGAUGAUCCAGCGUACCGGAAGUGUCAAGAGUUGAAAAUGGAACGCUGGAUACAAUUGCACUAUCAGAUAAAAGAGCGCGAAAUGGCAACUUAUAUUGCUGGCAAACGUGAACUCUUCUACUGGUUAAGCGCCUUCUAUAUAACCUCGAGCAUUGGUUGCUGGCAAUAUUAUCAGCACAUUCGACGAAAAGCGGCAUUGCUGCCAAUGGUCCCAUUGACCUUUGUUAUGGCAUAUUAUGCCGAUUUAGCUUACGGCAGCAAAGUACAUCGCAUUCAAGCUGAAGCCAAUAUGAUAUUGGAGCACGAGAACGAGCUGCUGCACUGGCCUGGCGGCUUGCCAACUGUAUCAUCACUAGAUGAGGCACGUGUCGAAAAUGAAAUCGAAAAGAAAUUACAUCCACAUCCUUCAUAGGUUUAUCCACUGACAGUUUAUUUAUGCUUUCCAUGCUAUUGAAUUUUUUACACUUCAUAUAUUGCUCAAUGAAAUAAUUAUCUAUCCAAUCAACUGCAUAUUUAUCUAUUUAACCGUUUUAUAAUCACUUUUUUGAAAUGUAAACAUAUAUUUAUGCAAUUGAAAGUUUGUGACAAUAUUCGAAUUACUUAUAAGAUUAGCCAUUUUCUAAACGUGCAUGUACUUACAUAUAAUAUAUCUACAUACGUAUAUUUGCGCAGUUAUUGAUGUGUGUAAACGAUUUUUUACUAUUCAAUAUAUUGUACUUAAAUUGUCCAUAAUAUUAUAGUAAUUUUUGAAAUGUUAAAAAGGUACUUUAAGAAACUGGAUUUCUAACGACAUACAUAUGUACAUUUAAAGCACACACAAUUAUAUGAAAAUAGUAGAAUAGGAAUGUUAUCGUAUAAUGUAUUAUAAUAAAUAAUUGUCUGAAUAUGCUAUUAUACAUAUGUAUAUGCCUGAAAAAUACGUGCGCAUGCAUAUAUUGUACACACAUACACAAAUGUAUGCAGAUUAACAGCAGAACUUCAUAUUCAAGGGGUUUCUAAACUAUCAUUCAACCUUAAUUCAUGUGAUUGAUCAUAGUACUUACUUACAAAUAUACUCUUAAUUACAUUUAAUAAAUUAUAAUAUUGCGAAUUAAUACACUAUGAAUAAAUAGGAAAUGUUAUAUGAAUAAUUCUUGUUAGAAAGGUCGAUACAGCAAAUUAUAAUAAACAUUAUAUCCUUCAAAUCCUUAAGAUCACUGAAGCAAUUUUUUAUAUUUUAAAUCUACCUAAAAACAAAUCCAUUAGAAAAAGUAUAUAAAAUUCAAUCGCGAUAUCCAGUAGAACUUUAAAUUGAAUGGCGCCUCUUCCUUUUCCUCACACCCUUUUGUUAAGUCAAUUGGCAACACUGUCGAAAUUUUAUAUGAUAUGUUAUAAAUUGAAUUGUAAAUAGAAAUCUGAACUACUUGUCCCAAAUUAGCAAAUAAAAAAAUUAAGCUACCAAAAGUGACCUAACCAAAUUUAAGUGCCAAUUAGAUUUAUGCUUUUACCUCUUAAUAUAAAUAAAAAAAAUUCCUGCUGCUCAGAGAGUUAAGUGCUGCCAUUUUCUCACAGUACAGUUGAAACACAACACUGUGUGUAGUUUGACAAUUGAAAAGUAGUAACAGUAGCGGCAGUGCGACUUGGAAAAAGAUGUAAAUUUUCUUAAGGCAUUAAGUUGAGGAAAAUACCUGCAAAUAAGUGUGAAAACAAGUGAAAAGUGUGCCUCGCACUUUGGUUAUCAUCUUUCGAUAGGAAAAUCAUAAAUUUUGUUGCACAAAAACAAAGGAACUCUUGUGUGAAAGAAGUCGACAAAGUCCACAAGAGAAUUUUGGCAAAUUUGCAUUGUACACUUAUUCUGAUUUUACCACACAACCUCAACGAUUCCUCGUCCGCCGUUGUCUUCGUUUAAUUGUAUUGUGUGUUCCCCUAUUUUGCUUUUCCCUUUGAUUCGGAAUUUUAUCGUCUUCAUCAAAGCAACACAGCAUUAGCAGUUGUAAAGAUAUAGGAGGUGAAAAAAGCAUUUGCUUAUAAGAAUUUAAAAGUGUCCAGAAUUGAAAACAAUAAAGAAACAAAAUACCAAAAAAGCGAGCGGAAGAACGGCUGGCGUAAAUAAAAGCUUCAAAAAGAUAGUGAAUCGUGAAAGCAUCUGAAACAAAAGUGGAUUCCAACGAAGUAAAGAGAAAAGGUAAAGGGUAAAGACAAUAGAAAAAAGAACAGUUUGUACGGGGUGUUAGAGACCGCCUGCUCGAGUGCCAAAGUGGAAGGAAAGCAAAAAGAAAGAAGGAGAGCAGAACAGAAAGGGGACAAAAAUAAGACAUAAUUUUGACAGUGAAAGAUUUUGUAAAAGGUCGCGUUGUAGCCAAAGACUCAUCAUCAUAGCACAGCGACGACGAAGUGUGUAAAA